AUGUGUUUUGGCAUCCUUCAAGCUCGGUGGUUGAUUAUUCGAGGUGUGUCCCAUAUGUUUGAUGAGGAUAUCCUCAGAAGCAUUAUGAUGACUUGCAUCAUCCUCCAUAAUAUGAUUGUGGAGGAUGAGUACGAUUAUGAUGCUUUAGAGGUCUACGAACCGGAUCCAAUGAACACGGCCUUGACACAGAUUUAUGAAAGGCCCAUGGGGCCAAGUGGAGAAUCGUUUGAGCCGGAACCGUUGGUGAGGGAUGAUCGUUUCAUGACUCAGAUGACAGAUCGAUAUACAGAGAUGCAAUCUUCGUAUAUUCAUGAAAGGCGUCAAGUUGACUUGAUGGAGCACUUAUGGGCGGUGAAAGGCAAUGAAGAUGAAUGA